CUCGGAGUCAUUGCCGUGACAGGAAUCGCUAAACACUCACUCCUCGACGAUCUCGCUCUAAAUUGAACGACAUGGCGACCGGAGUAGAUGCCGUCAUCAACUACAUUGAGCAACACAAGGACGACUAUGUUGCGCGACUUUCUGAAGUUGUGGCUAUCAAGUCGGUUUCGGCUUGGCCCGAGUCUAGACCGGAUGUCGUCGCAAUGAUGCAAUGGAUGAAGGAGAAACUGAUCGCCUGUGGCGCCAAGUGCGAGCUCGAGGAGAUCGGUCUAGAGACACUGCCGGACGGCCGAAAGAUUCCCUUGCCGCCUGUCCUCAUCGGCAGUCUGGGAGACGAUCCGGCGAAGAAAACCGUCUUGAUCUACGGUCAUCUCGACGUGCAGCCAGCCCUCAAAGAGGAUGGAUGGGACACCGAGCCUUUCGUGCUUACUGAGAAAGAUGGGAAUCUCUACGGCAGAGGAUCCACCGACGACAAGGGACCAGUUCUCGGUUGGCUGCAUGUCAUCGAAGCCUACAAUGCCACGAAAACCCCAAUACCGGUGAACUUGAAGUUCUGCUUCGAAGGCAUGGAGGAAUCAGGCUCCGAGGGCCUCGACGAUCUCUUGAAUUCAAUGAAGGGCAGCGACUUCUUGAACAAGGUCGAUUUCGUCUGCAUCUCUGAUAACUACUGGUUAGGAAAGAAUACGCCUUGUCUCACAUACGGGCUGAGGGGGUUGGACUACUUCGGCAUCGAGGUUGAAUGCGCUGAUAAAGAUUUGCACUCUGGAGUUUUCGGAGGUGCGGUUCACGAGGCGAUGAACGAUCUCAUCUGGGUGAUGUCCAAGCUGGUUGAUGUGAACAACAAAAUCCUGAUUCCUGGAAUCAUGGAUGAUGUCGUUCCCAUGAGCCCGGAGGAGCAGAGACUCUACGAGCAGAUCGAUUUUGAUCUUGAAGAGUACAGGAAGUCCAUAGGCUGCAACAAACUCGUUCACGAGAACAAUAAAGAGGGCUGCUUGCAGUCCCGUUGGAGGUAUCCGUCUCUAUCGCUGCACGGUAUCGAGGGAGCCUUCUAUGGCGUUGGAGCGAAAACGGUCAUCCCGAAGAAAGUCAUUGGCAAGUUCUCGAUCAGACUGGUGCCAAAUCAGGAACCGAAAAAAAUUGAGAAACUGGUUCUGAAUUAUCUCAAUGACCUGUGGAAAACUCGCGGUUCCCCCAACAAGUUCCGAGCAUUCAUGCUCUCGGGUGGACGAUCAUGGAAGUCAGACCCGAACCAUCCCCACUUCCAAGCCGGCGCUCGAGCUACGAAGAAAGUCUACGGUGUCGAGCCAAACUUCACGUGCGAGGGGGGAUCUAUUCCCGUGACUUUGACCCUGGAAGAAGUGACUGGGAAGAAUGUGAUGCUGCUGCCGAUGGGCCAGGCUGACGACGGAGCUCACUCCCAGAACGAGAAAAUUUCCAAGAGGAAUUACAUUGAGGGCACCAAACUUCUUGCUGCCUAUCUCGAUGAAGUCUCGAAAUGAGAACUCAGAAUGAUUAAGCGAAGCUGAGAGGAGCAACCCGGUUUCCUCUAUACAAGGAAACCCUGAGUCCCGAACUUUGAACAACCCUUCCUACUUUGAAUAAAUCCAUGCCUCUGGAAU